GACCGCGCCGCGCUGCCGCGUUUGAGGUAAACAAAAGGUGUAAAGUGUCUAAACACAAAAGAACUGCUCUUUAUUAUCAUCUACCAUUAUAAAGAUGGCGUUUAUCAAAGAGGAGAGUGAAGAUCUGAGGAUUACAGAAGUGUUCACACUGAAACGUGAAGAUCCUGAGGAGCAAACAGGGGUGAUGGUGCUGAAAGAAGAAACUCGGGAACUGAAUGAAAUGGAUGAGAAAGAUCAGAAAUCCCUAGUUAUAAUGCCUGACGAAAACCCCCCAGUGACAAAAAGCACUUCAUGUGAAACAGCUGAGAAAAGCAAAUGUACCUGUUCUCAGUGUGGAAAAAGUUUUAGUCAAAAGCAAAGCCUUAAAAUUCACAUGAGAACUCACACCGGAGAGAACCUGUACACAUGUGAUCAGUGUGGCAAAAUUUUCAAUACAAAAGCAAGAUUUGAAAAGCACAUGAGAACUCACACCGGAGAGAAGCCUUACUCGUGUGCUGAAUGCGGAAAGAGAUUCAGUCAAAAACACUGCCUUGAGGUGCACACGAGAGUUCACACUGGGGAGAAGCCUUUUGCCUGUCAGUAUUGUGGAAAGAGAUUCAGCCAGUCACAAAAUCUGAAAGUUCACAUUAUUGUUCACACUGGAGAGAAGCCGCACACCUGCCAAAAGUGUGGAAAGAGUUUUUCAAAAAAGCAUUUGCUCAGGUCUCACAUGAUCCGUCACACUGGAAAGAAACCGUUCACGUGUGGUCAGUGUGAAAAGAGUUUUAUACGUAAAGAUUACCUUAGCCAGCACAUGAAGAUUCAUACAAAAGAGGACUCUUUUACAUGUUUUCAGUGCGGAAAGAGUUUUAUACGUAAGGAUUACCUCAGCCAGCACAUGAAGAUUCAUACAAAAGAGGAGUCUUUUGUAUGUGUUCAGUGUGGAAAGAGUUUCAGUAGCAAAGCUGGUUUUGAAAAGCACACGAGAGUUCACACCAAAGAGAAGCCUUACUCUUGUACAGGGUGUGGAAAGAGUUUCAGUCAAAGGCAAAACCUUAGGGUGCACAUGAGAAUUCACACUGGAGAGAAGCCUUUUGCCUGUGAGUAUUGUGAAAAGAAAUUCAGCCUAUCACAAACCCUUAAAUAUCACAUUACCGUUCACACUGGAGAGAAGCCUUACACUUGCUCUCAAUGUGGAAAGAGUUUCACACAGAAAAACGAACUGAGACACCACAUGAAGAUUCACAGUGAAGAGAAGCGAUUCACUUGCACACAGUGUGGUAAAAACUUGAAACGUAAAAACUCCCUCAUUUGCCACAUGAGGACUCACACUGGAGAGAAGCCGUUCACGUGUGUUCAGUGUGGAAAGAGUUUCUCAAAGGAGUUUCACCUUCGGUGUCACAUUAUCGGUCACUCUGGAGAGAAACCGUUCGCAUGUGAUCACUGCGGAAAGAGUUUUGUGCGUAAGGAUCACUUUGACAAGCACACAAAGACUCACACAAAAGAGAAAUCUUUCAUAUGUGAUCAGUGCGGAAAAAGUUUUAUACGUAAAGACUACCUCAACCUGCACAAGAAGAUUCACACUAGAGAGAAGUCUUUUAUCUGUGAUCAGUGUGGCAAGACUUUUAUACGUAAAGAUUACCUUGCCCAGCACAUGAAGAUUCACACGAAAGAGAUUGCAUGUCAUCAGUGUGGAAAGAGUUUCACCCAGAAAAGGAGCCUCAAAUUACAUAUUGCCAGACAUUCAACUGAACUCUGUAAGUCUGGCCACAAUAACAAUCCUCUAGAUUUGCCUAAGUGAGCGUUUCUCUUUCGUCCUGCAGAUUAAUCCAGAAACAGCUUCUGCGCAUCUCUAUGUUUACAUUAUGGUUGUUUACUCCACUGAAAUUCCUGAAAAGACUUGGCCUGUGUUCAAAAUUGCCUUCCCUCCAUACCCCUUAAAUAGGGGACAAUUUGAGAAAGCAGCCAUCUCUAGUGGCGUUCGAAAUUCUAAUUGGCUCACUCAUUUUCAUUCACUCCUUCAAGUGGACGUAUGUCAGGAAUAGUGAAUGCAGAUACAGGGGGUUAUUUUGAGAUGUGGUUGUCAUGGAGGAAUGGAGAGCAUGAGAUUCCUGAAAGACCCCAGUGACAGAUGAGUCUCCACACUGAUCUCGUGGGCUAGACUCUAUACCAGCUGGCUUCUCCACAUUGGACAUCAAGGGUUCUUCAGCCUCCAGCACCUAGACAACAGCUCUGCACAGAAAGUUUAGCCAGAGGUGGUCGAAAUGGUCAUGCCCAACUGAGCCUGGUUUCUCUCGAGUUUUUUUUUUUUUACCUUUCGUCAGCUGGUGAAGUUUGUUCCUCGCUUGCUUGGUUUGGGAUUUGUGGAGCAGCGCAUUGACAGAUUUGCUCUUUUGUCAGUGACUUUCAACAGUGAAAAUUAAACCACACUGAACUAAACUGAACUUCAACUCUGAAAACUGGACUGACGCAGUUUCAGUUUACUAGAACUUCUAUGUUAAGCUGCUUUGACGCAAUCUACGUUGUAAAAGUGCUAUAGAAAUAAAGAUGAAUUGAAUUAAAAAAUUUAGAUAGGUUGAUUUAAGUAAUGCAAAACAAGACUAUCAUUGCAGCACAUAAUUGGAUGCCAGUUAUUUAGGUUCACCUGGAAUUUGUGUUGUUUACAGUGUAUAUAUUUAUUAGGGCAGUCAAAUGAUUCAUUGCAAGCAAAAAAGUUUGUACAUGCCCAAAUGUGUUGUGAAUAGCAGACAUGGUGGCUCAAAAAGACCACAUAAAACAGAAAUUAUUUAGUCCUGUUGAGUUGAGGAUAGCAGAUCUGCAAAAGGACCCUCAAAGACAAAUAAAAUGAGCAAAUUGUAAGUAGGAGUGCCUGAUGUCGAGGGUAGAAGAUUCUGAAUCAACAACCUUUUGAUAACAGGUUGAUUUAAUCCCCAAUGCAAUAAUUCUUUACCUCGGCUCUUUGUGUCUGGAACCAAAGUGUGAACUCCCUGGGACAUCAAGGCCACCAAACCAGUUCCAAACAACACCAAGGACAAAGAAAGCAUUUUUGCUUUAUAUCACAAAAUACCAAGAAACAUACACUACACACAGUAUAUUCAUCCAGGGAAAUGUGCACCCACAGUAGAAAUACCUUCUGGAAUAAUAACCAACAUGAUCUCGGCUACUGACACACUGACCAGUUACCUCAACCAGUUCAGGAGUACCAAGUACAUCACAAGAACUUUGAAAAGGGUGUUAAAAAGAAAUGAGCUGAACCAAGAUCCUACAGACAUUGUUUUAUUUAACUGUGUAUUUUGGGAUAAAACAACAAGCUUCAUGUAGUGGAAUGGUGGGAUUUGAUGGGCAUACACCUGAAGAGAAAGGUUUGCUGAUCAGUCUCUAUUUUUAGGAAGGAAUAAAAGCUUCACUUUGUGGACACUGUUCUGAUCUGAGUUCCUGCGUGUCGUGGAAAGAGACAACCGCUUGUAAAUUUGCCCAGCACAGUUCUUUAGUUGCACACUUCUUUUGCCUUCAAUUCAAGUUACGGGCACCAUCUCUUAGAUCCCAAAGACACUGUUUUAUUUAACUGUAUUUUAGAAAAAGGCAACAAGCUCCGCACAAUGGAAUGGUGGGAUGUGAUGGCAUACACCUGAAGAGCAAUGACCCAAUCAUACCUCUACAUUUUGAAAGGCGGUAAUCAAUCCCUCCUGCAGCAGGAAGAAAUAAGUUACAUAAGAUUCAAGUUACGCACACCAGUGUCUGACCUUCAAGACUUCUGCAAGUGCACUCUUGCCAACAAGAAUCUGUGCCUUCCAUCAUCUGACCUAUGGUUUUCUGGAUAACAAAAAGAUCUUCAGUGACACAACAAUGCAGCAAUGACAGCGCACGCUUUUUUCACUAAAGCAACCAAGAUGUUCAGUGUAGAGGACACACUAUCACAAGACUGAUCACCUGACUAGUUGGAAAAAUAAGCUAAUCACAUCUCUUUUUAAUGACCCUGACGUUAGAUUUUGAUUAUUUAAGAUUGUUUCUUGUUCAGAGACUUAAUUUACGGUCAGUUCAUAACAGGUAGAGCUCACAUAUGUGAGGCUAGCUAUAACGACAACAAAUGCAGAGUUACUAUCCACCCCAAUGCAAUUUCCUUUCAGAACUGCCAAAAAUAAAAUAAUCUCAGUCCUUCGUCCUAGCCCACAAUGUCAGUAAUUUGACUUGAGAUCAGUUAAGGGAGUUGGUGUUAGUUUGUAGUUAUUCCUGAUUGUGAAUAUUUAGUAGUUUAGUAAUUUUGCAUAAGUAGUGUGCGUCUGUUACUUUUGCUUUUAUGUCUUUUAGCCAAUAAAUUAAUUUUUAUUGCAACUGUAUUCUUUUUGUGUUGACGAGGCUAUCCAAAGAGU